AAGUCACCAAGUUGACGGAUUCUGUUAGUAAGAGGAAUCCUUCGAGGAAAUAUGGCAAAAUAAAAAGGCUGCAUCGUUAGAUUUUCUAUAGUGCAUGCACCGGGAGGAUUUUAUUCCUCUCCAUCUCCCCGAUCCGUGUUCUGGUUUUAUCUAUACGUCAAGAAAGAGAGAAAGAACAGCACAGGAGGGAGGAGAAACCCAAAAAGAUUCCGAAACCGGAAGGCAAUUCCAAUUCCCAGCUGUGAACAAAAGGGACAACAAAAAGCCUCUUCCCUCAGUAGAGGAAUCCUCCCAUCGAUCUCUCCUCGCCUCCCCCUUCGCGCCAGCUUUCGCCUUUCCCAACUGCCCCUCCUCCCAAGCUCCUCCAAUGGCAGCCUCUUGAAGCCGACACAGGCCUCAUCUUGUGCGUCGAAGCGUUUCUUUGGUUCUUGAGGCCGUUGGCGGAGAUGGGGGUUCGUUUUUCUUGAUUUUUUUUUAUUGGAUUUUGGUGGGAAGUUGGGAUUUUGAUACGGUCUCUAGGUGUUUUCUGGGGUUUUUCUAUCAACUAAAGGAUCUGCUGGGGUGUUGGAAUUUGUGGAGACGAAGGGUAACAUCACCUUUAAAGGUGGAGUCUUGAUGGAAAAACGUGGGAGAGCUUUGGGAGUUGUUGUUUGAGAAAUAAUUAGUGGUGAUGGAGUGAGCUUAGUCAUUAAGUGUCUGUAAUUGGUGGAAAAAAAAAAAACAAGGAUGGUAGGAAAAGGUCAAGAAUUUUGAGAUUUAAUGGCUCUUGAUGCCAUGCAAAUAUUGGAAAGGAUUGGUGGAGAAGAAAGAAAGCAGUACUUUAUACAGAAUUUAUCUCCGACGAUCAUGAAUUUGACUGGCUUGGUCAUUUAUGAUGAUGUUUAAAUCUGAUCUGAAGAUGGUAAAAUUAAAGGAUAUCAGCAUCAACUUGGAUUCAGUUGGUUCUUAAUUUCAGGUUUUGGAUACAUGUUGGUUCACCUCCAAUUUCCGAGUUAAUUUCAUUUAGGUAGAGCAGGGGACAGUACUCAUCUAGCAUGGCAAAGAGAUCUCGCAGAAGACCUGCACGGGCCAAGAAGGAUCAUGCUGGCUGCAUAUGGGGUUUGAUUAGGAUGCUUGAUUUCCGCCAUGGGCAUUUAACUCGAAAAUUACUUCGAGAUAGGAAGCAUGGGACUGGUAGACAUGCAGGCACUGGAUAUUCAAGGAGUACACUUAAUUUAUUGGGCAAUUAUGAGGAAAAGCAUAAAGAUGUUGAUGAUAUCAAUGAAGAGGUAGCAGGAAGGUUUAGUUUGGAUAUGGUAAGUGUCAAAACACUCAUGGAAGAAGAGAUAUCAAGAGAAAAUUCAUCAAAUAAGAUAUAUGCUGAAGUUGAACAUGCAAGAUGUGAUUUGAAAUCCCAGUUUCAUCUCAAGGAUAAUCACAAGCAAAUAAGUAAGAACUCUAAGACAACAUGUGAUCUUCAUGCCAAUGAUUUAAGAACUUUCACAAGCUUGGACCCUUGUUGGUCUAAUUAUCCAAAUCUGAUGGGGAAGUCUUCUAUCGAUCUCAAACUGCCUGCACUGAUGGCAGAGUACCAUGUAGACAACUGUCGAUGCCAAGAAAAGCAAGUGGAUUGUAAGACUAGGACAAAUUCAAGUACUGCCCUGAAACAUAUAAGUCAUAGCAACUAUAGCCAUCUUUAUAAUUAUGAGCAUCCAGAGCUUGCUCAAAAGCACUCUAUUCUUCAAAGGACACUGCACAAUGAAGCUGAGACUUUGAAAAGUCAGAAGUUAGCUGACAUAAAACAGCUAAAUGGUAAUGGAGUAGUCCGUGAAUCUAAAGAGUUCAUUGAUGCAUUGGAAACAUUAAAUUCAAAUAAAGAGCUUCUUUUAAAGCUUCUUCAAGAUCCAGAUUCAAUUCUGUUGAAGCACAUCCAAGACUUCCAAAACUCUCAGGCUGGUAAACUGGCAACACUGGAAUCAUCAAAGAAUUUUGAAGGAGGCAAAUUGAUAGGAGAAGAGGUUAAAAGCUCAGGCCAAUGUGAUCAAUCCACCAGUCAUAAGCACUUGAAUAACCAAAUCAGACAUUAUCCUGUUAUUAGAAAAAUGGAAGAGUCAAACAGCACAAAUCUGUCAAAGGAGGGUGGUGGUAAUUCCAAGGUGUUAGAUAAAAUAGUAGUUUUAAAACCCAGUCCAGCAAGAAUUCAGAACUUCUUAGAUAUGAGUAGUUCCAACUCUUCACCUCCAUCACAUCAAAGCUUACAACAUCAGAAAGACACUGGAAGAGUUUCAUCCCAUUUUUCUCUAAAAGAAAUCAGGAGGAGGUUGAGACAUGCUAUAGGUGAGGGAAGAAAGGAGCAACAUCCAAUCACUACCGAUGGUGUUCUUCAUAAAAUUCCAUAUGGAUUUCAUGACUCAGGAGAUAAACGGAUUGCUAGGGAGAGUGCAGGCAUCAAUUUGCCAAGUAAAACUUCUCCAAGAACAGAACAUACUCAACCCACAGUUUUUGCAAUCAGAAGACAUGAUAGAGCCAAGCCAAGAGCAAGCCAACCUAACAUCAAGGAUGAGUUCAUUUCAACAAGGACCACUCAUCACAGAAGACUGAACUCAGCAGCUGUUGCUCAAUCGCCAAAUAGGGAAUCGGUCCUUAAAGAGGAGACCAAGAAACACCUUUCAGAGAUGAUAUAUAGUGUGGAAAAAGAUCAAGUUUGGACAACCCGAGAGGUCUCGAAAACCUUGGGAAGAAUACUUUCACUGCCAGGAGAUAACUUGUUAUCUCCUAGAUUGGCCCCUGGAAGAGACAAGGAGCCUGACUUGUUAUCUCAGCAGAUGGGAUUGUCUUCUAUGCAGCAACUAAUACAAGAACAUGAUACCAACCUGUCGAGCCCAUCAAGCCAGAAUUUAGAAACUCCACCAUCUACACCACUAAUUGAUGCUGAAUGGCAGGCUGGAGAAGAAUUGAAUCCAGAGGGUACUAUGGAGAAUGUGGAAAUAACAGAUAGCAUAUGCAUGGAAGAAAGCAGGCAUUUGGAUGUCUCCUCGGAAUCUGAUGACACUAAGUUCAGUGUAAUGAGUGAAGGUUGCAACAAAGAAAUAUCUUAUAUGCAGCCAGGAUUGGAGCCACAUGAAGAGAUGCAACAACCGGUGAACCUAUCUGUUUCAGUCUCACCAGGCUCCUUACCCAUACAUGAACUAGAAUUACCUCAAUGCAUCAUAGAAAAUCCAGAGCACCCAAGUCCAGCAUCUGUUCUUGAACCCUUCUUUUCAGAUGCUAUUAUUAGCCCUCAGAGUGCAACAACUGAACCAAAUGAGCUUCCUCUACGGCCCCAAAUCAAUCACGCAGUGGUUGUAACCUCGUCAGUUUCAGCAGUCAACUUAAGAACCUUUGAGGAUGAAAAGAUAGCUAAUUUCAAAUAUGUAAGAACUGUGUUGGAAGCCUCAGGGUUAAGCUGUGACCAAUUUCUAGAGUGGUGGUUUUCAUCAGAACAACUGCUUGAUCCAUCCUUGUUUGAUGAAGUGGAGGUGAUACAUAGUCUAAUGCCAGAUAAUCCCAAGCUUAUUUUUGAUUGUAUCAGUGAAGUUCUUGUGGAGAUCCAUGAGAGAAUUUUUAGUGGCAGCCCUUGGAUGUCUUUCAUCAAACCAUGUGUCCGGCCAUUCCCAGUAGGAGGAAAAUUCAUCCAAGAAGUGUACAAAGGCAUUGAUCGGCAUCUCCAAUUGCAGAUUCCAUGCACAUUAGAGCAGAUAGUUGAAAAAUAUAUGAAUGCUGGAGCUUGGAUGAACCUCCGGCUUGAAAUUGAAAGCAUUGCCAUUGAAAUAGGAAAUGCCAUCCUAGAAGAUUUGAUGGAAGAAAUUGUUGUAGUCUCUUUGGUCUACUAGGGAUUCGUUUCAUUAUGUUUGAAGGACAAUGAACAAGUGCAGUCAGAGCUAAAAUACUGGCAAGGCUUUCCAAAUGUAAACUCCUAUGGAAAUGACUCCAUUGUAGUCUAAGUUCUUAGGUGGCUGUACUGGUUUCUGAUCCCUGACGUAAGGACGCCAGUUCCUUCACGGUUUGGGGGUGUUUCUCACCAUUCUACAGAUUUUACGAGCUUAGGAUUCAGCUGGCUGAGUAUGUAUUAGUUGGUCUUUAUUUGUCCGAUCCUUCGAGUUGCUUAUAUUGUUUUUGCCAUCACCUAUGUUGCAGAAUAGCAAAAAGAAAGGGAUUUCAUUUUAUAGAUGUUGUUCAGAGCUUCCUGAAACUUGGAAAAGGUGUUAGUCAUGUGCUGAGAAUCUUCCAAUGAAGAAUGCUAAUGUUCAUC